CAGAUCCAAGUCGUGGUCACAGCCCGUACUGCGCAGGCUAACUGUCAGAUAAGACGCCACAAGGGCCUCGAAAAUUGACCAAGUCAGAUCAGCACCAAGUCAAGGCGACAUCCAGCGAUAUUGAGAGCAUUCUCACGGCACGCAACAGGGUUGCAGCCAACACAGCAAUUUUCAUAUCGGGGCCAUCCUAGCAAGAGCAGCCAUGCCGAGACAGCCAGGCGAAGAUGGGCAACAGAUCCACAACGACGUGGUAACGCCACGGCCGCCGCAGGAAGACUUCAUACGACAAUCUCUGACGGCUUCUCUGCCUCCUGCUCUGAAGAGCAAGAGCACCAGUACGUUACUCAAGAGCAGGAGUCCCGCCGGCAGCAGCCCUACCACCGAACAAGCCUCUCGUCGGGCUUCCAUCGAGCAAGAGACUCCUGACGCACUGCUGGACCCCGGCGACCAUCAUCUCCCGGCGUCCCGUCCUCCGCCGCUCAACUACACCCUGACGGACAAGAAGUUGCGAAUAUUUAUCUUCUGGUGCUUCAUCCUGUUCGACUGCGCCAUAGUGCCGACGGCGCUCUACUUUGUGCUGUGGUACGAGGCCGGCCCGGGAAGCCAGCCCCGCGGCCCGCUGGCAGCCGACACGGUGCUCAGCAUCGUGACGGCGACAAUCGGCGGCACCGCUAUCAUUGAGUGGCUAGUCAGGUGCUGGAAGCUGUGGAAGAAAGACAGUGAUUGUCGGGUCAUUGGCGCGCGAAACCGGUGGUACUUUGACUGGUACCAAUGGUGGUUCGGGCUUUGCAUGCUCAUCGUCGUAGCCGAGCUCAUCUUGGGAACCGCGUGGAGGCAACCCAAGCGCCGGCUCCUCGCCCUGCCCCUGUCCUCCGUGCAGAUCAUCUUCGGCUCGGCUCUGCUCUUCGUCGACAUCCUGCACUGGUGCUCCGCCCCGGCCCCGCUGCGCAUCUCGUCGGUCGCCCGCGACGCGCCUGCGCCGCCAGGGAUAUACCCACUCAUCGAGGACAUCUGCGCCGUCAGCGGCGGCGGCAAGACGGUGUACCGCGAGGCGCUCGCGCGCCGAUACGCGGCCAGCCCGCUCUUCCGAGCCAUGCUCCGCCGCCUUGGGCUUUUCUGGGCCCUCGGGGCACUGGCCUGCGCGGGCGGGACGGCGUACCUGGUCCUCGAAUUCCCGGAUAUCGACAUUGCGUAUGCUUUCGGCUGGACGGUGCCGUUUGUCUGGGUGGGCGUCUGGAGUGUGGUCACAAUUCCGUAUGUCAAGAUCAUGCUGGCUCGGGAGCAGCGGCUAUGGGUGGGCGAAGGGGCGCCUUUGAGUGCGGUUGCUCCGUCGUUGGAGCAGGUCUAGGCCGACUCGUAUGGGUCGUUCAAGUGCGAGGCAAGCUGCUCAAGCUCGUGUUGGCCUUGGUUCUUCAUUGGCUGUGUCGCGUGAUGGCGGGCUCAGAGAUACCUUUGUUAUUUCGAUAGAGC